AUGGCAGUUGGAAAGAAUAAGAAGAUGGGCAAAAAGGGAGCUAAGAAGAAGGCUGUUGAUCCUUUCACACGCAAAGAUUGGUAUGACAUCAAGGCUCCUGCUAUGUUCGCAAAUCGUUAUGUUGGAAAGACGCUUGUUAAUAAGACUGUUGGAACAAAAAUUUCGAGCGAAUUCCUCAAGGGCCGCGUUUAUGAAGUUUCUCUUGGCGACCUGAACAACACCGAAGCUGACUUUCGCAAAUUUCGACUUAUUUGUGAAGAGGUUCAAGGCAAAGUUUGUUUGACCAAUUUCCAUGGAAUGACUUUUACUCGAGACAAGCUUUGUUCUAUUGUCAAAAAGUGGCAUACUUUGAUUGAAGCAAAUGUUGCUGUCAAAACAACUGAUGGUUAUCUGCUUCGAUUGUUCUGUAUUGGCUUCACAAAGAAAGCUCCGAAUCAAGUGAAGAAGACUAGCUAUGCUAAAUCGUCUCAAGUGCGUCAAAUUCGUGCUAGGAUGGUUGAGAUUAUUCAUCGCGAGGUUUCUUCAUGCGAUCUUAAAGAAGUUGUCAGCAAAUUAAUUCCUGAUUCUAUUGGAAAAGACAUUGAAAAGUCUUGUUCUUAUUUCUAUCCACUUCAAGACGUUUAUAUUCGAAAAGUAAAAAUUUUGAAAAAACCAAAAUUUGAACUUGGAAAACUUUUGGAUAUGCAUGGAGAGGGUGCUGGGGGUGGUGGUCAAGUUGCUAUAACUACGGCAAGUGGAGAAGUUAUUGAAAGUCGUCCAGAUGCUUAUGAACCUCCAGUUCAGGAAAGUGUUUAA